AUGUGUCAGUUUGCGUUCCUGACCUUCACGAGGACCUUAGGUCGCAUCAUUGAGGCUUGCGAUGUGUGCUUCGCUUCCUCGGCCCCUGCCGACGUGGAGGCUGUUUUGAACAGCAUCGUCUCCAUGAUCAUUCUGGAAACCGUCAAAGACAACAACAAACUCAUAGUCCAAUUCUGCGCAAAACUAUCAGCGGCAACUACCUGCCAAGAAGUUUGCCUCAAGGUCACUAAUCUCCUGUUCAACAGCCUCAAACCAUCGUCACCAGUGAAGUAUGAUGUUUACUACAGCCUUGUCUCCCUGGCUGGCAAAGUGGACCAGAUCGACAGUGUGUUCUCCUCCAUCCCGGAAAUGGAGGCCGCCCUGGGCUCUGACCUGACGGUGGCGCAGAAGCAGAAGCUGCUGCGUCUCAUCUACCGGGAGCUGCUGAACAACAAGCACAGCGAGGCGGCCUCCGUGGUGAUGAUCGACCUGCUGCGCACCUACUCGGAGGAGACGGCGUCGGAGGCGCGCGAGGAGGCGCAGCGCUGCGUGCUGGCCGCGCUCGCCGACCCCGACACGUACCUGCUCGACCACCUGCUGAGCCUGAAGCCGGUGCAGUCGCUGGAGGGCAGUCCCGUUUACCAGCUGCUGACCAUCUUCAUCAGCGAGGGGCUGGCCCAGUACCAGCAGUUCUACGCCCAGCACAAGGACCUGGUGGAGAGCUGGGGUGAGUGACGCGCGCAGGACUACACCAAGAUGCGGCAGCUGACGUUCAUGCAGCUGGCUCAGGCACACCCGGACAUGCCGUUCGACAUGAUCGAGAAGGAGCUGCAGGUGCCCGAGAAAGGCGUGGAGGAGUUCGUUAUCGAAGUGCUGCGGACGCGGCUGGUGCGCGGCCGCAUGGACCAGGCGGCGCGCAAGGUGCACAUCUCGUCCACCAUGCACCGCACGUUCGCGCGGCCCCAGUGGCAGCAGCUGCGCGACGUCCUCACCGCCUGGAAGGCCAACGUGUCGGCCACCUGCGAGAGCAUGCAGUCGGUGGUGGAUGGCGCAGAUGGAGAUGAUGGAAGGAAGAACCACUAG